UUACCGAACACUGCUGUUCCGGAGCUGACAAGGUAGCAGAACAGCAAACAAAGUGCCUUGAAACUAGCUCACCAGAGAGGAGAGAAGGCGCUGGGCUUGGUGGAGAAGGGAGACCUGCGAGGACACCACACGCUUCCCAGCAAGCUCAGACUGAAGGAUGGCAGACGGUGACAUGAAUCUCCCAACUAUUGAAAGAAAGCUGGGACUGCAGAUAUGGGGCAUAGAGAAUAUGAAGAUGGUUCCUGUACCUGAAAAGGCUUAUGGGACUUUCUUUGAAGGAGACUGUUACAUAAUUCUGCAUACCAAAAGAACCUCUCGUGGCUCCGCUGUAGAUUUGCAUUACUGGAUUGGCAAGGAUUCAUCUCAGGAUGAACAAGGUGCUGCAGCCCUGUACGUCACCCAACUGGACAACGCACUCAGGGGGAACCCUGUGCAGCACCGGGAAGUGCAGGGGCAUGAGUCUGAGACCUUCCAAAGCUAUUUCCGCAAUGGCAUUAUCUACAAGAAGGGAGGAGUAGCUUCAGGAUUUAAGCAUGUGGAAACCAAUAUGUACAACAUCAAGCGUCUUCUUCAUGUCAAGGGGAAAAAGCAUGUAUCAGCCACUGAGGUAGCACUUUCCUGGGACAGUUUCAAUAAGGGUGAUGUUUUCUUGCUGGACCUUGGGAAAGUGCUGAUUCAGUGGAAUGGACCCAACUGCAGCAUUGCUGAGAGAACCAGGGGUCUUGCACUGGCUCGCAGCAUCAGGGACAGCGAAAGAGGCGGACGCGCCCAGAUCGGCAUCAUUGACAACGAGAAAGACUCCCCAGACCUCAUGCAGAUCAUGAAGAUGGUGCUGGGUGAGAGGCGCGGGGAGCUCCGAGACGCCAUCCCGGAUGAGAAAGCGGAUGAGCUGCAAAAAGCAAAUGUCCGGCUCUACCACGUUUAUGAGAAGGACAAUGACCUGGUGGUACAGGAGAUAGCCACCCGGCCCCUGACGCAGGAUCUGCUCCAACAUGAGGACUGCUACAUUUUAGACCAAGGUGGUUUCAAGAUUUAUGUCUGGAGAGGAAAAGCCUCCAGCCUGGAAGAGAAAAAAGCAGCCUUCACUCGAGCUGUGGGUUUUAUCCAAGCCAAAGGCUAUCCUUCAUCCACCAACGUUGAAGUGAUCAAUGAUGGAGCAGAGUCAGCCAUGUUUAAACAGCUCUUCCAGAGGUGGACAGAAAAGAAUGAAACACAAGGACUGGGCAAAGUCUAUACUACUGGCAAAAUUGCCAAGGUGGAGCAGGUGAAGUUUGACACAACUCAGCUCCAUGCCCGACCAGAGCUAGCUGCUGAGCAGAGAAUGGUAGAUGAUGCCUCUGGGGAGAUAGAGGUGUGGAGGAUUGAGGACUUGCAAAUGCAGCCAGUGAAUCCCAAGACAUAUGGGCAGUUCUAUGGGGGUGAUUGCUACCUGGUCCUCUACACCUACUUGAGAUCAGGCAGGCCUCACUAUGUCCUCUACAUGUGGCAGGGUCGUCAUGCCUCUGUGGAUGAAAUCACUGCCUGUGCCCUCAAUGCCAUCGAGCUGGACAAAAAGUAUGGGGACGAGGCUGUGCAGGUGCGCGUGACAAUGGGCAAGGAGCCCACACACUUCCUGGCGAUCUUCAAGGGCAAGCUAGUCAUUUACGAGGGCGGCACGAGCCGGGCUCAGAAAAGCACACCCGAGCCAGCGAUCCGCCUCUUCCAGGUGAGAGGCACGGACGAGAUGAACACAAAGGCCACAGAAGUGCCACCCCGGGCCUCCUCGCUCAACUCCAAUGACGUCUUCCUGCUGACAACCAGACAAGUCUGCUACCUGUGGUGCGGGAAGGGGUGCAGCGGAGAUGAGAGGGAGAUGGCAAAAGUGGUAGCUGACAUUGUUUCCAAAGGGGACAAGCACACCAUUUUGGAAGGACAAGAGCCAGCAGAGUUCUGGGAAGCCUUGGGAGGCAAAGCACCUUACGCCAGUGAAAAGAGGUUUCAAGAGCAGAUCACACACUAUCAGCCUCGUCUCUUCGAGUGCUCCAACCAGACAGGUCGAUUCAUCAUGACAGAGGUGGUGGGCUUCUGCCAGGAAGACUUGGAUGAAGAUGAUGUCAUGCUGCUAGACACAUGGGAAGAGAUUUUCCUUUGGGUUGGCAAAGCCUCCAACACAUAUGAGAGGACUGAGUCGAUUGCCUCGGCUAAGGAGUAUCUCAAGACCCAUCCAGCAGGGAGAGACUUGGCAACUCCGAUAAUACUGGUGAAGCAGGGUUAUGAACCCCUCAACUUCACAGGAUGGUUCAACGCUUGGGACCCCUACAAAUGGAGUGAUGGCAAAUCCUACGAGGAGAUGAAGAACAGCUUAGGAGACGUGUCAGCAAUAUCCGAGAUCAAAGUGGACCUGAACAACAUCAGCCUGAACAAGAGAAGCAUCAGCAUGACCAACUUGGCUGGUUCAAGUAUGGCAAGUGCUUCCUCUGAGUAUAAAUCACACUUUAACCACAGUGACAGCAACAGCUACAGCAAUAGCAGCAACUACAACAGCAGCAGCAGCGCUUCCUGCGUGCCUAAUGGUGGUGGAAUUUACUCUCGAGAGGUGCUGAUGAACAAGACAGUGGAUGAACUUCCAGAAGGCGUGGAUCCCACUAAGAAAGAGUACUACCUCUCCGAUGCUGAUUUCCACGAUAUCUUUGGGAAGUCCAAGGAUGAGUUCUACCAGAUGCCCAAAUGGAAGCAGCAGAAUGAGAAGAAGCAAUGUGGACUCUUCUGAGAUUGCGGGGGCCAUCCAGCAUCCAGUGACUCUGGGACCAACCCUUGCUCUCUUAGGAGUCACAGGGAAGAAGUAUAGACAUUUGCUCCAUGAACCCAGCCCAACACCGUCAGGCCAAGCUCCAAUGCAGUUAUUCCAGCAGCCACUGUUCAGGGAACAACUCCUUUCUCCCUGCUAACCCUGAACCUAAGGAGGCAGGAACAUUCUUUCAGCAGGAAUGACUUUGCAGGAUGUUUUCGCCUCUCAUGGCUGACAGCCUUGAAGACAAGUGUGUGUUACAGAACUGUAUUGUAGCCUCUUCUUUCCUUUCCCUGUUGCAAAUUGCCAUGUGCACAAGGUCAUGAUCUUCCUUCAUUUGUAGAAGUUUAAAUUUAGUCAAGACAAAGGCCACUUGCAGCUGCUAUGUAAAUUCUGAGUAGGGAGAGGAGGGAGAAGCCCUAGGAGGACAGAGGGGGAAGCCCUGAGUUCAGAAAAAAGGUAACAGAGUAGCCAGAUGUGUGAUGGGGUAGCCCAUGGAGAAGCACCAGCCAGUUCUGCCCCUUCUCACCUUGCAGAAGAACUACUCACCAGAGAACAGCAAAAAUCAUUUGUAGACUAACAUACGUAGCCCAGUGCAGAUUAAACAAAUGAGAACCUGGCUUGAGAAAAAAAAAACACCACUUACUGAGAACAUAUUAGCUGAUCUAUUUCAAGACGAUGAUGAGAAUAAGGGCUAGACAUAGCUGUUGAUUGUGACUGCCAGAAAAGACUGUCUACUUCUUUCUCGUUCAGACAGUAUCUUCGAUCUCACCCAGCCUUUUUGAGCAUGACUGGGUGAACUCUUGAGUUCACCUGCCCACAGACCAGAGGCUUGAGGAAGUCAGAAGGGUUUUGGUAUGACCUGAGACAGAGUGUGUCCCACUGAAGGUUUUACCAGGGCUCCAUCCCUGUGAUGUCUGUGGGGCUGAGAGCACUCAUUCCACACUGUGAGCUCAGUCUGACUGGGGAGGGCGGGGGGAAGUGUGAGCAAUCAGUGAUUAAGGGAUGCGACUGUAACAAAAGGAAGAAACACAUACGUUUAAAAAUGCAGAAGUUGUCGUUUUACAGCUUUACUCCAUUUCCAACUUGAUCAGUGAUUCCAAAUAAACAGCCAGCAGCAGCACUGUAAGUGUCCUUGAUCAGCAUGUGGGGUAGGACAGCAGUAGAGAAAAGCUCUGCAGGGCCACAGAUCCUUAAAACACCUGGUCUUUAAUGGGAUUUGGGAUUUUUUUGAAAUGAAAAGAACAAACUGAGAAAGUGGGGCCCCCUCUGUUCCCAAACACCAACAUAAUCAGGACCAUUUGUUUCCUCAUGCCCACGAACCCUGCCUCUGAAGCCCCCUCAUUGCCAUGGUGCCCAUUUAAGCAGUUGGCCUGACUGCCCACCCCUGCUGCAGGGUUGCAGGGAUGAGCGGAGGAGCUGCAGGUGGCUGAUGGCUGAGGAAUAAAGAGCUCUCACACCACACCCGGGACCACGCAGUAGCAGUGAAGUGUUGCUAUCUGGCUGGGCUUGGAGGCAGGAACCUCCAGGCAAUGGGGUCUUCUGCACAGAUCACUGUGUUUAAAAGAAUUGGCAGUUACUUUAAAUAAGACACAACCCCCCGUCAUUGCCUCCAUGCUCCUGCCACAACUUUGUCCUAUUUCUGCUUGAGGGUCCAGCCCAAAACCCAUUGAAAUCCCCCAUGCAGAAUAAGGCAAGAGUCAAGCAGAGACACAAAUCAGCCAAAUUACCUGCAUGAUUGCUCCUGUUGUGUUCACACUAGAUACAAUCAGUGCACAUUAUCCCUGUUUCAGCCUCUAUUGCCACUGCUGGAAGCAACAAUAUUUCAAUAUUUGCAUUGCCCCGCUGCGGCAUGCUUCUGCCAGCUCCCAAAUUAAUGAAUUGCACACGCUCCUCAGUAAAAUGCAGCAAUGCCACAUAUCAGCCCUGACUGUGGGCCUAAGGAGCAUCAUGCAAUCAAAUGGAGACCAGGGGAAAAACAGUUGGAUUAGGGAGAUUAGGCCUGUUUGCUACAAAAUGCUUUAAAUCCUGCUGCCACAACGCUCACCAACACACGAGUGCUCCUGCCAGGACUCGGAAACCAGCAUGGGAUUUUACAGAUAACAGAUCCUCCUGACACUUGGGCCUGUUGGAAACAGCUGCUGCUCUCCUCUUCUCAUGGGUAGAGCUGGUUUUAUUCUCUGUGUCUGGUUUCUAAAGUAAAGAUUCUCACCCACAUCCUCCCUUUCAUGCUACUUGCUGCUUUUGCUGUGGCAUCUGGUAGACCAUGUCCUGUUUCUGCUGCUCUUUUCACCAGGGCUCUUCCUAAGAAUGGGGCUCCAACACUUCCUAAUCUGCUCAGAGAUGGGGUCCCUCCAUAAUGUCAGGGACUAUGUCCAUUCCUCUGGGGAGAGAGGAGACCUUGCAGCAUUUUCCAUCGUCCUCUGGUCCAUCCCAUUUCCCUAUCAGCUACUUUCCCACCUGGCUCCAGUAGUUUUUCCCUUAACUGUGGCUACCUGAGGAGGGAUUUUCUCUCUUCCCACGGACCUUGCCUACCUUUAUUUAAGUGCAUAACAGGCAGAGGAAACCCUGACCUCUAUGUAUAGUCCAUCUAAGCCCACCCUGGCCCUGGAUAGUGUGGUCCUGCCCCCACAUCUCCCCCCACUCCCUGUCCCCCAUCUCUCUAGUGCUGGCCACAGCAGGCAGGUGAGGGCUGGUUUAGCCCAAUAAUCCAACUGAAACCUAACCCUGCAAUGCCAAAACGACAAAUAAUUUGUUCUCAGCCAAUUCAGUGAGCUGGUCCAAUCGCUCACAAGAGCUGGUGCUGACACGAGCGAGGGGCCAGGAACACUGCUGGUCAUGUUUGCUCUUGGGCCACGUGGCACAAGCUCCCUGCAUGGUACAGGGCAGUCCUGGGUACCCUUCGCUCAUGCUUUUCAUCCCACAGCUCCGUAAAACAAAAUGCUCAGAACAUCCUGGGAGCAUGGACUGAACUCAGACUGUCACUGAAGUGGAGUCAGGGAUGCUCCAGCCUCACCCUUCAAAUGCAUCUCCUGAUACAUAUCUCAUCCCAGAGGUGAGCUGAGAGACAGCUCGUGUCACUGCAGGACACCCUGUUCUGCCUCAGUGACCUCUGCCACUCUCCGACUCCUUCAGCUGCUGGUUGCUAAUUCAGUAUGAGCCUUCGAGUAGUGGAUAUAGUUCACAUUUAAUCUGGCAAUGGUUUACAACAUCACACAAUAUGGCAGUGAAGAGGAAAAAACGAAUGUGUCCAGCAGAGAUUAUUGCAGCGUAACAAACUCCAGGUAGGACUAAGUGAAACCCAGUUUUGCAGUGGACCCAAGGAUCAUUAAAUCCAGGCUAUUUUGGAGUCAAAAAUAAGUGGGGGAGUGAGUGGACUGAAAUAUGCUUAAAGGGACAUUAACCUCUCUGGUAGCAGCCCAUCCUCUCCACCGGUAGGCAUGAAAAACCCCCAAAAGACUGAUAGCUUUAAGAAAUUAAGCAGGUCUAACUCCAACUUCAUGUAUGUUGCACUCAAAUAAAAGCCAAAUAAUGACAAGUAAUUGGACUUUUCCAUAUUUUUUUUUUUACUUUUAAUAGUCUAAGAUACUGUUAGCAACAUAGCACUUCCAAAAUAUAUAUUAUUUUAUUUCAACAAUAUUCCCUUAACUCUGUAGUUGUACUUGAAGAAAAAUCACUUGUUGCCAUAAAUACUGGGUUGCUGUUCAAAACACUCUUACCUGUUUGUACUAGGUUACCUCUACAGUGCAAUUGGGACCAGGCUAACAUUGACAACAGUUUCUACUGCCAGUUCCUCUGUGUUAAAAAAUGAUGUUUUUUCUAUAAAAAGCGAGGAAGUUUUACUGCAU